AUGGCGCCACAGUCUCCAUUGCCAUCGCCUGCUCUUGCCGGUCCCGCUCGUGGCAAGCCCAACCACGCAGCAUCGGCCGGUUCGGGCGCUGGCGGAUUGGGUCUACCAGGCUUCUUGCGACGUAGAAGAGCAGUCUUGUUCCUCCUAUUCGCCUCCAUCACUCUUCUUUUGCUCUUGAACCACUCCAAGCCUGCUGUUAUUGGUAGCGGCAUACGAUGGGUCAAGGACAGUAUGCGACCUGUGACGGGUGCGGACAAGAACGCCAGCAUUGCUCGAUUGGGUCCUCUGCCGCAUGUCGAGGAAGAUAGACUACUCGGCACCCCUUUGGCAGGAGUUGGAUUGCAGCCCGCACCUGCUCUGAUCUCUCUCGCUCAAGAGCAGAAUGCUCCUUUGCCAGCGAGUACAAAGUUGUCAUUGGAUGGGACAGGCUCAACUUCGAGCACCAGACCACCCAAAUUGACAGAUGUGCCUACUAGACUCAUCAUGCUCUUGAGGCUACUCAAGGAUCCCGAGUGGACGGUACCUCAGAAAUCUGCGGCUAAACAGCGCCUGGUCGAUCCGACCGGUAAGCAGGUGGUGGAAGAUUUGAGCAAGGGUAGCGGCGGGCAACAGGAAGCGGACGAGGUGAGUGAUGCUUUGCUGCCGCUCUGGGUCUGGCGCUCAAAGCCUCGAUAGGGUGUCGCUGAUGCAGUAGACUAUAUUCGUGAUUCUUCGUGUCAGUACGUUCAAUCCCCAGCGCUUUGGGCAAAGAAGCACCUCCCGCCUCUCGUGAUCUUUAGCAAGACCUAUUGUCCUUUUUCGGCUCGGGCCAAGGCUUUGCUGAGAGGAUUAGGUGCCAAAUUCGAUCCGAUCGAGGUCGAUUUGCGCAAAGAUCCCGAGGAAGUCAAGAGCGUCAUGACUUUGCUCUCGAGUGGCCAUGCGACUGUGAGUAGUCAGAUGCUGUGAUCAUUGUGCUCGGCCUUGCGAUGCUGUUGAUCUGACCCAAGGUCGCCUCCAUCACAGUUCCCGACGAUCUUUCUGGGCGGACAGAUGAUUGGAGGCGCUGACGAUCUGAUUGCACUGCACAAGGAUCUAGGUAUACUUGAAGGCAUGCUCCGCGGCGCUGGCGCCAUCUAG